GUAAAUACAAAAAACGGAGGAAAACGUUUUGUCACAAAGUGAAAACCAAAAAGUUAUUAAAUAUCGAUAAAUAAUUAAGAAUUUAAUUUAAUUACUGUAUUUAAAGGUCUUAAAAGGCCUUGACCUAUUAAAUUCCCCAAAAUGUGAGAGAUGAACAAAAAUAUUGAAGAGCAUUCAAACUUAACCUGCAAUUUGAAUUUUUGUGGUUAAAUGGGUUGAAUUAGCAUUUAAUAUUAUUUGUAAAAAUUCCAUUGUUAAGAAGGAAAUUAGGAUAAGUACUUUUUUCGGGGGAUUACCCGGUGAUUACUGAGUGAUAAUGGCACACGAUAAGAAAGCAGCUCGUCGGAGUAGAUCUCGAGAGCGUGAACGAGAUCCUCACAGGGAUCGUCGAGAUCGUCGACGAUCGAGAAGUCGAUCUAAAGAGAGAAAGCCCUCGAGGAAGAGAUCUAGAUCGAGAUCUCGUGAUCGAACCCACGACACCAGGACUUCCACUAAUGCCUCCAAGUCAUCAUCAGCGCCUCACGACUCCAAGAAACGAAAGCAGAGUCCAAUUUUCAACUUGGAGGACAGGGAAAAGGAGAAAAAAGAUGAUAAGACGAAAAAUUUGCAGCAGAGUCCUGAGGAUAAUGAGCAAGAGGUCGACAAGAAGACCCCGAAGAAGGAGCCGUUGAGUCUCGAGGAGAUUCUGGCGAAGAAGAAGGCGGAGGAAGAGGCCAGGGCGAAGCCCAAGUUCCUGACGAAAGAGGAGAGAGCUGCCCAAGCACUCGAGAAACGACAGCAGGAGGUGAACGCUCUGCGUCAGGCACAGGAAUCAGAACGAAAAGCCCUUUUUACAUCUCAGAGUCCCUCCACGGAGAUGGCCUCACACCCAUCUGGGUCGUCGUCAACCCCAAGUAAAGACCGAGACUGGGAAGAAAAUCGGGAGAAACGAAGGGAAAAACGGGACAACGAUGAGGUGAAGGACAAGGACAAGGAGAAAGAGGUUGAGGCGAUCAAGGAGAGGUACCUGGGGCUGAUCAAGAAGAAGAGGCGAGUUCGUCGUCUGAAUGAUCGCAAAUUUGUCUUCGAUUGGGAUACGUCGGAGGACACAUCAGUGGACUACAACAACAUCUACAAGGAGCGCCACCAGGUGCAGUUUUUCGGUCGUGGAAAUCUAGCGGGGAUUGACAUCAAGGCCCAGAAGAGGGACCAGAGUAAAUUCUAUGGGGAGCUCCUCGAGAAGAGGAGGACAGAGGCUGAGAAGGAGCAGGAGAAGAUGCGACUGAAGAAAGUCAAGAGGAAGGAGGAGAAGCAAAAGUGGGACGACAGGCACUGGUCUGAGAAGGGAAUCGAGGAGAUGACAGAGAGGGAUUGGAGAAUAUUCAGGGAGGACUACAACAUCACCAUCAAAGGUGGAAGGAUUCCAGAUCCAAUACGAUCGUGGAAGGAGUCAGGAUUCCCCAAGGAGAUACUUGAUAUCAUCGAUAAGGUCGGGUACAAGGAUCUUACGCCAAUUCAGCGUCAGGCCAUACCCAUAGGCCUCCAGAAUCGCGAUAUCAUUGGAGUAGCUGAGACAGGCUCUGGAAAAACUCUGGCCUUUCUCAUUCCUUUACUCCUCUGGAUCACCUCUCUCCCCAAAAUUGAACGCCUCGAGGAGGCAGAUCAGGGCCCUUACAGCAUAAUCCUGGCACCAACACGUGAACUCGCCCAACAAAUCGAGGAGGAGACAAAUAAAUUCGGUCAACCCCUGGGUAUUCGAACAGUAGUCGUUGUUGGUGGUCUCUCCAGGGAGGAACAGGGAUUUCGCCUGCGUAUGGGAUGUGAAAUUGUGAUUGCAACCCCAGGACGUCUCAUCGACGUUCUCGAGAACCGAUAUCUCGUUCUCAAUCAAUGCACAUACAUCGUCCUCGACGAGGCCGACAGAAUGAUCGACAUGGGUUUCGAGCCAGACGUCCAGAAGAUCCUCGAGUACAUGCCUGUUACAAAUUUAAAACCAGACAACGAGGAUGCAGAGAACGAGGAGAAGCUCCUAGCUAACUACAACACUAAAAAAAAAUUCCGACAAACAGUCAUGUUCACAGCAACAAUGCCAGCAGCUGUCGAGAGACUCGCCAGAACUUAUCUGAGAAGACCAGCUGUUGUCUACAUUGGAAGUGUUGGAAAGCCAACAGAGAGGACUGAGCAGAUCGUCCAUAUAAUGGGAGAGGCUGACAAGAGGAGAAAACUCAUGGAGAUAUUGUCGAGGGGUGUUGAACCACCAAUUAUCAUUUUUGUUAAUCAGAAGAAAGGAGCUGAUGUGUUGGCAAGAGGUCUUGAGAAACUUGGGUACAAUGCAUGCACACUUCAUGGUGGCAAGGGACAGGAGCAGAGAGAAUAUGCACUGGCUAGUCUCAAGGGAGGAAGCAAGGACAUUCUCGUUGCUACUGAUGUCGCUGGAAGGGGUAUUGACAUCAAAGAUGUGUCUAUGGUUAUUAAUUAUGAUAUGGCCAAGACAAUCGAGGAUUACACACACAGAAUUGGAAGGACUGGGAGAGCUGGAAAGGCUGGACUUGCUAUAUCAUUUUGCACUAAGGACGACAGCCAUCUGUUCUACGAUCUCAAGCAGACCAUCCUCAGCAGUCCCAUCAGCACGUGUCCACCUGAAUUGCUCAAUCAUCCUGAUGCACAGCACAAACCUGGCACUGUCGUCACCAAGAAGAGGAGGGAGGAGAAGAUAUUCGCGUGAGCUUGUUCCUUAAAAAUUCGAUGAUUAAUCACCUGAUCAUCGAUCCUUGUCCAGUAAUGGAGGACCACUGGCUGCCAGGACAGCUCUGGCUUGAACAUCUG